CUGGACAACAGACAUGUGGAAGUGGCUGAUCUUUGUUAACUUUCUGUUCAUCUUGCAUCAGAGUUGGGCGCAACGAGCCGUGACUUGUGGUAAGCCAGUCUAUAUGGACUGCAUCGACUAUUGCAAUAAGAACUGCAUCGAGGACGUCAUCCAAUGCCGGUACAACUGUGAACACGGCUGUGGCUGCACUAUGGGCUAUGUGGUACGCAAUAAUGGCGCCUGCGUGAAAUUAAGCGAAUGCGAAUUUGAAGACAUUACCUCUGAGGAACUCACGACGCCCACACCUUGUACGAACACUGCGAAUGAGGUCACGGAAGCCAAUGGCGAAUAUAUUCUCAAUCUGAUUGAAUUUGAGACGCUUAAUCCUUAUUACUAAAUCUAGAUAUGUAUGUGUGGCGUUAUCCAGCACUAAUUUAUGCUUGAACGUCUACGGCAUAUUAACAUAACAAAUCGA